CACACCUCUCAGAUUUUGUUGGAUAGCGAGAGCCUGAAGACCGCGAUCCUCUGAUACUUGUCGUGGUCAAGCCCUACUCACCCAACGUCCUUCAAGCUCGACGUCAAUCACAUUCAAGAUGUCUUCUGGAAAGGUCAAGGCCGGCGCUCUCUGGUCCAAGAACAAGGACGAGCUCACCAAGCAGCUCGGUGAGCUGAAGACUGAGUUGGGUCAGCUUCGCAUCCAGAAGAUCGUCUCUUCCGGCACCAAGCUCAACAAGAUCCACGACCUCCGCAAGUCGAUCGCUCGUGUCCUCACCAUCAUCAACGCCAAGCAGAGGGCUCAGCUUCGUCUCUUCUACAAGAACAAGAAGUACCUCCCUCUUGAUCUCCGCGCCAAGCAGACCCGCGCUAUCCGCCGCCGUCUUUCCAAGGAGGACGCUUCCCGCACUCUUGAGAAGACCAAGAAGCGCGCCACCCACUUCCCCCUCCGCAAGUUCGCCGUCAAGGCCGCUUAAAUGUGUUUCUUCUGGGGUUAAGGGGUUGGUUGUGGGUAUCUAAACAGGCGGCGCGGUUUUGAAAAAGGA